UCGGGCGAACUGGUCAUGCUGCUGUGGCUAGCACAAAAGUGGGAGCGGUGUUUCGUCUCCAAGCAGAACAUCCAGACUCCAGAGCAUUUCCAUAGACCACUCGUCACAAGCAUAUGUGGAAAAUAGGCAGGACUCUCCUCCCCUGUUUCAUCCUCCUAUUAUCGAUUUGUUUCUGCAAAUCCGAUGACCGCCUAAUGCCUACGAAGCCACUCUUGGCUGGGGACAAGCUCGUCUCAAACAAUGGCAUCUUCGCUCUUGGUUUCUUCUCCCUGGAGAACUCCACCGCAAACUCAUAUUUAGGCAUAUGGUACCACAACAUCCCGGAGCGGACAUAUGUCUGGGUGGCCAACCGCGACAACCCAAUCAGCAGCAGUGUGUCCGGGAAGUUGGUUCUGACCAAUAGCUCUGAACUUGUCCUGUCAGAUUCUAGAGGCCGUAUCCUCUGGAUGACGGCGAACAAUGUCACCACCGGGGGUGAUGGAGCUGUGGCACUGCUGCUCGACACAGGAAACUUUAUCCUCCAGUCAAGGAAUUUCAUGCAGAUAUGGCAGAGUUUUGAUCACCCGACGGACACCAUCCUCCCCGGUUUCAAGGUUUGGGCAAACUACAAGACCCACACAGCAGUGCGCCUUGUUGCUUGGAAGGAUUCUCAAGAUCCGUCCACUGGGGAAUUCUCCUUCAGUCGUGACCCUAGCACGGCCCUCGAGAUCCUCAUAUGGCGUCAGACAAGCCUGUACUGGCGCAGCGGACUGUGGAACAGCGCGACAGCCUGGAAUAACAACGGAUACAUAUGGUCCCAGAUCGUCGACGAUGGGGAGGAGAUCUACUCAACGUACAGCACAGGCAAUGACUCACGGAGAUCGCACUGGAAGCUGGACUACACUGGCGACUUGAUGCUCAGGAGAUGGAUUAACCAGUCGUGGGAGGUUUUAUUCAAACGCCCAGGUGAUGGCUGCCGAAACUACGGCUCAUGUGGUCCGUUUGGUUACUGCGAUAGCAUGGCGUCUAGCGGGGAAUGCAGGUGCUUCGAAGGGUUUGAGCUGGCAGAUGGCUUCAGUGCCAACUUCUCCAGAGGAUGUGUGAGAAUGGAGACGCUGAGAUGCCGCGAUGACCACUUCCUGCCCUUGGCGGGGAUGAAGGUGCCUGGGAAAUUUGUGUAUGCCAGGAACAAAAGCUUUGAGGAGUGCACUGCUGAGUGUUACCACAACUGCUCCUGCACCGCUUAUGCUUAUGCCAACUUGAGCAGUAUCCUCGCAACAGGUGGUCCAUCAAGAUGCUUGAUCUGGAUAGGGGAGCUUGUUGACUCGGAAAAGUCCGGCGCACUUGGUGGCAACCUGUACCUUCGGCUGGCUGGCUCACCUGGGCACAGUUCUGCACUAAACAAGAGAAAGAGCAGUGUGGGUGUUGUACUAAAGAUUCUACUCCCAGUUAUAUCAUUCCUGCUGAUACUCACAUGCAUAUAUCUUGUCCUUGUAUGCAAGCCAACAGGGAUACAAGUAAACAAGAAAAGACCGGGCCAGGGACAGUUGAGCACUUCCCAAGAAGUUUGGGAUGAAAAUUUGGAAUUCCGGUCUAUUAUGCUUGAAGACAUCUCCACUGCAACAAACAAUUUCCAUGACAGAAACAUACUUGGAAAAGGAGGUUUUGGAAAAGUCUAUAAGGGAACACUGGAAAAGGGAAAGGAAAUUGCUGUUAAAAGGCUUAGCCAGGGUUCUGAGCAGGGGAUAGAGCAUUUUAGAAAUGAAGUGGUUCUUAUAGCCAAGUUGCAGCACAAGAAUCUAGCUAGACUUCUUGGCUGCUGUAUUCAUGAGGAUGAAAAGCUUCUUAUUUAUGAAUACUUGCCCAACAAAAGCCUAGACAAGUUUAUUUUUGAUAUUGCAAGAAAGUCUAUGCUUGAUUGGCCAAGAAGGUUCAACAUAAUCAAAGGUGUAGCAAGAGGACUUCUAUAUCUCCACCAAGAUUCGAGGACGAUGAUAAUCCAUAGGGACCUCAAACCAAGCAACAUCCUGUUAGAUGCAGAGAUGAACCCAAAAAUAUCAGAUUUUGGAAUGGCGAGGAUCUUUGGAGGCAACGAGCAACAAGAAAGUACCAAACGAGUUGUUGGGACAUACGGUUACAUGUCACCUGAAUAUGCGAUGGAGGGCAUCUUUUCAGUGAAGUCUGACACAUACAGCUUUGGUAUUUUGCUACUGGAGAUUGUGAGUGGAUUAAAGAUCAGCUCACCACAUCAUCUUGUGAUGGACUUCUCAAACCUCAUAUCUUGUGCAUGGAACUUGUGGGCAGAUGGAAAAGCAGCGGACUUCAUGGACGCGGCUAUCAGGGAGGGCUAUCCCCCCAAUGAAGUGUCAAAGUGCAUCCAAAUUGGACUAUUGUGUGUGCAGGACAGCUCCAAUGCGAGAACCAACCUGAGGUUGGGUGGUUAGGAGGAUGGUUGUAUCCCCAGCCCACCAGAGUUCAA